AUCUCUCUUCUUUUUUCCUUUUUAUUCUCCCUCAACCACUCCUCUCUCUCUCUACCUUAUCUUCUCAACCAUUCCCCUAGCUCCUCCUUCCCCUCCCCUCCUCCGUCAACAGCGGCGGCGGCCCCGGCGGUGGCGGCUGCUCCCCCUCCCCUCCUCCCCGUGAGGGAGUAGCGGCUCGGCGGGAGAAGGCUGCGGCGGCGGCUCCGUCGGCGAGGCGCGGCGGCUGCUGGCGAAGGGGUGUGGCGGCUGCUGGCGGAGGCGACGCAGUGGCUGCGGCGGGCGCGGGACGGGCGGCGGACAGCGCGGCGGCCGCGGCAGCGCGUUGCUCGGCGAAGGAGCGGCAAGCAGCGAGCGGCGCGCGAGGCGACGGCCAGGCGAGGCGGCAGCCUACGCAACUGGCGGCGGUGGGCGGGCUCGCGACGGCAACGGCGAUAAGUUUCUCCUCCGCUCGUUGACGAGUUUCUGUAGUAGUUUCACGAGUUUCGCCGUAGAGCUCGGGGGAGGCGGGCAGGCUCAACGGCUCGCAGCGGCGGCCGGAUGCGGGCAGUCGACGAUGUUCGCGUUUUUUUUAUUUUUGGGUUUUUUUUUUGCGUGCGGGAGAUAUAAAUUGACCGUACGGGAUAAUCGAUUAUCCAGUGCGGUCCACUUAAUCCGACCGUAUGGAAAAAUGUUUAUCCUGUACGGUUGGGCUGCCCGCAUAUAAAAAUAUUCAUUUUCCAGACGCGUGGGUCCAGACGGUUGGGGAGCAGUGGCGAAGAGGAGGGACGCGGCGGGUUGUACAUCGCAGCCACUAGCGGGAGGGAGGAGGAGUUUGGCGGCAGCAUCGACAUGGUUGCCUUGUUGCUAGGUUCGACACGUGACAAACGACUUGGAUGACGACAUGCGAGGUGCACUGUCGAAGGCCAGCUCACUCUAGACACCAAUCUGGAUGUCACAAAUUCACAAUGGAGCUAGUUGGCAUCGAGGUCGAUGCUAUUGCAUGGAGCUCACGCCGCCUUCGACUGCUCAGGGAUGCUACCGGAGCAUGCCACCGUCUUCGCCUUGAUUCAGGGCUAUCGUCGUGUGGCCGUUUAUUCCUCCCGAGCUACCAAUAAGGGCGAGCAACCUCCUCGCUCUGCCCAUCCACGGAUCCACCCACUGCUGUGCCGCCGCCCAACGGGCCUACUUGCCACCAGCGCCCUGGCCAAACCAGGGCGUUGCGGCGCUCGGCCACGCCAGCCCACGGCGACCCCUUUCUGUGCUGCCUCUCCUCUGUCGCUUCCCGCCACCGCGCCGGCGUCUGUCCUGGGCACGUGAGCGAGAAAAAGGUACACUAAAAAAUAAUCCAAGAAGAAUAGAAGGGAACGAGGAGAAGAAGCAAGAAAGAAAGAAGAGAAGAGAAAGGAAAAAAAAGGUGGGACCCAUUGUAUUUUUUUUUAUUUUUUUAACCAUAUAAUCACUGACAUGUGGAUCCUACCGACUUUUUAUGAUUGCAAGUGCCACAUCAACAACAUGUGAGAUGAUAACCCCAAUCAAACUAGCCACAUAGAUAUCACCUUAGCAGAAAUCGUCAUUCAAACCAUCUUGGAAUCAAGUUUACAUUGUGGAGUUGAAAGACACGUUAUAUCUUUUUUUUUUGAGAAAUGAAUUUAAAACUUCACGUCAAAUUGAAAAAUAACUUAUUUCCAAUGCAAAUAGUAGUGCCUAAUACCGUUUAAUGUUUGGGUCUAACACGUCUAUGGCUCACUCACCGCACGUAAAAUGAAGUAGUGUUUAGCGCGUGAUUAAUUAAGUUUUAGCUAUUUUUUUAAAAAAUAGAUUAAUAUAAUUUUUAAGCAACUUUUCUAUAGAAAUUUUUUAAAAAAACUGUAUAUUUUAGCAGUUUAAAAAGCAUGCGCGCCGAAAAUAAGAAAGUGCUGGAAACUCCCACCGAACACAGCCUAUAUCCAACACGGGGAAAGAGGCCCACUUUGAUCUGUUUCCGGAAGGAAACCAGCCCACCACCUCGUAUCCUUCGAGAUAAAAAGCUCUCUUUUGUUUUCUUUUCCUAAAUGUUGCAAUUCUCUUUUCCUGAUAGCGCUUCAAGCAUUGCUACUGAACUUAAGAAAGAAGAUUAAUUAAUCUUAUCACCAAUUAUCAGGUUGCAUCCACCAGCAAAAAACACUUCUAAAAUUCAUGCCGAGCUGUUCACCACCAGCUUUUCAGGUCCGGCUAGCGUUAUCCCAAAUUAUGAUGAUCUCGUUUGGUAUAAUUAUGCUUGAACAUUUAAGUGGUUGCUAAACUUAACUUUUUUAAGAGAAAUUUUACGAUUCUUGAUGAGGUAUUAUGAUACAUCAAAAAUUUAAUGUAAAAUUUAGUACCUAAUAGUAUCUAGGUAUUAAGAGAUACUAAAUUUACAAUAAAAAAAAGAUACCAUAGCUCCUUGAGGAUGUAAAACUGCUCCUUUUUUAAACUUAUGUUGUACAUAAUUGAAAUUGACAAUAUACAAUGUAUAAGGGUAUUUGCACUAACCACAUCUCUUAUCUGUAAAACAAACCAACCGUUUAUUUUAAUGGUAAAUUUUAAAAUAUAAGCAUCACACAACAUAAAACGAUAGUUAUUUUUUGCUCCGAUAGUUCGACGCGAUCACCCUAUGUGCUUCCUACGCGAAAAUCAAUUUGUCCACGGCGGUAAAAAUUGGUGGCCAAGCCAGCAAAAAAAGUGGACGUCUGGACCGUCCGAUCUCCUCCGAAAAUAACGCGAGACCAUCCGAUCACACAAAAAAGAAGAAAAUCUCGCUCGUGUGGCGGCCUAAUCCCAGCGGCCAACCGCUCGCAGAGCCAGGGCCAACCAACGUGCCGGCGCCAGAGGAAAAAAAGGAAAAAAAAAAUUCCUGCGGGCGCGGGCCCCACCCACCUCUUGGCCCAUUCCCCAAGAAAGAAUCCUCGCAGAGAUAAUCGCAGGCUCGCAGUGCUCGUGCGACGACAGAGAGGCGAGGAACAGAGAGAGGGGGGAAAGCGAAACGUACAAAUUCAAAAUCACUCCCCAAUUUCCCCCGAAUAAUUCCACCGUCGCCUAAAGCCAGUUUCAUCGGGAACGCCUCGAAUUUUCCGAUCCCUAGGCGGGCGGGCGGGGGAGGUGGAGUGCCCGCGGCGCGGCGCGGCGGUGGUUAGGGUUUGGGGCUCGUCGGCGUCGGCGAGGGCGGAGGGGGGGGGGAUGGAUCCGGAGCAGACGUUCCUGCGGGUGCACGCGCGGCUGUCCGGGAUGCUGUCGCAGCUGCUCACGCCGCGGAUCCGCCUCGCGCUCGAGUACCUCUACCUCGCCGGCGCCGUCGCGCUCUUCUGCCUGCUCGUCGUCAUGCACACCAACUUCGUGCAGCAGCCUGGCUGUUCAAGCGAGUUUUCUGGGAUUGAAUUUGGUGAAGCGCAACUUGUCCAAAUCAAGAUAAUCAGUGGUGGACUAUGGGUCAGCAAAGGUGCAUCCUACAUUAUGGAUCUUCAGAACCUGGGGCGUUCAGCUGAGAAAAUUCUAGAGGUUAAUGGUGAUAGGUUCAAUAUUUUGGCAUCUAAGUUUUGGUCAACUUGGGUUGGUCCUGGAGCUAGAAGGAGCAAAAUUAUGUUCAGAACUUGGAAGGGAGACAAGGAAUUUGAACCACAACCAGAGAAUGCAGCUGACACAGCUAUUACCGCAACCACUUCAGGAGUAUCGGAUUCGAAGACAACUGUGGAGGGUUCUGCAUACCAUCCAUUAUCCGCAAAAGAAUCAUUUAAAGCAGCAGUUAUGUAUUUAUUCAGAAAGUGGUACUUUCGUGUUGUCUCGUUCUGGAGGAAUAUAAAACAACUUUCAGAUAAUACUUUUCAAUUAAUGUUCAGAUCAAACUGGAAUGACUUCCUCCAUACCAUCAAGGGUAUUCAAUUACCAAGCGUGGAUCAUCUUGUUUCAACAAUAGUACAGUGGUUUGAGAGACGAAGCAAAGCAUUUGAACCUACCUAUUUAUAUGGUGUGGAGAAGGGAUAUUUCUUGCUUUCAGAAGGGGCCAAAGUUCGUCAUGGUGUUCGGACUAUAAAUAUCACAAUUUCUGCUCGAAAUCCUUGCUUUGGAAAUAGGUGGCAACAGCUUUUAAUAAACAGCAUUGUUGGCUAUGACACUAUACUUACAAACAGCUUAGUGAACUCCCCUGGUCAUGGCUAUUUAUACAACUUUCAAACAAAGGAGCUUUAUGAUCUCAGUUACGGACAUGAACCACCAGCAGGUCCAACAAGAUUUGGAGAUUAUUUUGUGACGAAAUGUGGUGUACUUUUAAUGUCACUCUUUGUUUUUUUCACAACCACCAUGUCUGUUUCAUUUACCCUGAGAGAGACGCAAUCCCGCAUGCUUAGGUUCACAGUGCAGCUUCAACAUCAUGCACGCCACCAACUCCCCACAUUUCAACUGAUAUUUGUCCAUGUUAUCGAAUCAUUGGUUUUUGUUCCGAUAAUGAUUGGGAUCCUCUUUUUUCUAUUUGAGUUCUAUGAUGAUCAGUUGCUUGCAUUUCUAGUUUUGACUCUUGUAUGGUUGUGUGAGCUAUUUACGAUGAUCAGUGUGAGGACAUCUAUAUCAAUGCAGUUCUUCCCGCGCUUUUUCUUGCUGUAUUUCUUGGUUUUCCACAUUUACUUCUUCUCGUACACAUAUGGCUUCUCCUACCUGGCCUUUUCUGCCACCGCGGCGUUCAUGCAACAUCUAAUUUUAUAUUUUUGGAACCGCUUCGAGGUGCCAGCCCUUCAGAGAUUCAUUAGAAGCCGAGCUCACCUUCACCAACAAACGGGUGUUCAGAUCACAUCCUCAACCAUCUAUACAUCAACAUUACAUAUAGCAAGGGUAAAUAUGAGGGACCCUGGCGCAAUGAAUGAGGGCCUUGGUGCUGCUCGUGAAGCAGAUGCCCUGCUGGUUCCGGAUGAGCCUAACAGGAACCAACAAGAGGGUCAACCAAUUGAAAAUGCAGAGUUAGUGGCCAACAAUCCUCUGCACUAUCAAGAUCAAAACCCUCAGCAACCUGGCAAUGCUCCGGCAGGCUCUGGCUCCUUGAAUCCAUUUGGUUCCCUUUUAUUGUGGUUGCUAGGAGGCGGAGCUUCUGAUGGCAUAGUAUCUUUCUUCUCUAUGUUUAGAGAUGUCCGUGAUCAUGGUCAAGAUUACACUGAUCCACCUCGAAAUGAAAAUGGUCAGGUAACAUAGAAAAUAUAGGAAGGAAAACAGAAGGGAAUUGCAGACGAAGAACACUGGUGGAGGGCGGUUGGGCGAAAGUUGCCUAUGUUAUUAAGCAAGCUGAUAUGUUGCCCGCUCCACCAUCAAAGGAUAAUGACGAAUAUGCAUUGCAGACUUGUGUCGGCUGAACAUACCGCGUUAAGCUGCAGAAUCUGUUAAUUUCUUUUCUUUUUCGUUGUUGAGUAAGGUUGCUGAAUUGUACCUACUCAUGACAUGUGUACAUUCCCUACCGUCUGAAUGGGCAAGCCCGGCCUAUUCUUGUACAGAAAUGUUCUUCAGCUCAUCUCAUUUUGCUUUUUCUGUUGAAAUCUUUUGUACCCUAUAUAGGUUGGAACUGCAACAUGCAGUAUUGCAGGCUUGCGCUGCGCUCCUGUGUGUUCUACAAAAGAAUUGUGUAGCUUGUCAAUGCAAUUUUGUGCUGACAAAUUAUAUUCGAUUUGGAUUUGUUACAAGACAAUUUA